AUGUUUAUCACUGUGAUGUUCGGAGCUGGCUGCAGGGAGCUGGUGAACCCCUGCUGUAGCCUGGUGACCCUAACCGCCCACCUGAGGCAAAGGGGAGGUGUCCCCCCAGAUGUGACUCUCGCCCUUCUGGCUAAGGACAGGCACCUGGUGAGCCUGGGCCUGGAGGAAGGGGCUUCCCUGGCCCCCAUGGUAGGCAGCAACCUGCUCCAGGAACGUGAGACAUACAUCCUCGUUAGGAUUCUCAGAGGAGAGGAUGGAGCUCCCACCCGCUAUGAGUCCCUAGUAGAGAACCUGGAUGACCUGUGUCCUGAGCUGGCAGAGGAACUACGUCGGCUAUCAGGACUUCCCCCGAUGGGCGAUGGCCCCAUGACCUGGCAUCCUGAGCCAAGUGACUGA